AUGAAUUCAAAAGUUCUUUUUAUGAUCCUGAAAAAUUGGAAAAUAAGCGACCUAUUGUUCCUCAAAUGUGUAUUCUACCUCUUCAAAUUGUUCGGCCUUGCAACCACGAGUAUCCAAACAAAACCAAGUACUUCAAGAUUCCACCUUCCAUUAUUUACUCGUUCAAAACUUGGGCAAAUCUAUAAUGUGAUUUUGGCCAUUGGCAUAUCAUUCGUUUACGCCUGUCUCAUCCGAUGGACAAUAAAGCAUUAUGAACAUCAUAUCAUUUCUCGAUCUCACCAAGCCAUAGAUUACACGCACACGACGAUGGCCAUGAUCACAGCGAUUUUCGUUUUGCUAGUGUUCUGCAUCCAACAGGAAAAGUUCCUAAAUCUGGGAAAUCGGACGGUUCGUCUAGGCGAACUAUUAGUUGGUUUUUACGAAGUACAGAGACCGAGUAAGCAGAAGACUUUGACGAAACACGUGAAGGAGAUCUAUAUAAUGGUAGGCAUGACUUGGCUGUCGAUUUUCGUAACAACGGAAACAGGUGGCUAUUUCAAAAAUGUCGUAUACUUCUCCAUGAUAUACCUGUGCAAUCAGAUCAUCACCUUGACUCUUCUACAGUACAGUGCGAUCUUGAGAUGUUUGCAACAGAUCUUAUGGUUUGUAAAUGAGAACUUCCUCCAGUUCUCAAAAGAACCAUGUCAGAUGGAUAAGAUAAAGAUACAGUUCUCAAAACUGCGUGAACUCUACCUGUCGGUUUGCGAAAUCGCCGAAGAUAUCGAGAGGUUCUAUGCGAAGCCUAUGCUGCUCUGCAUAGUGUACGUGUUCGUCACUCUGAUCUUCUUCGCGAGCUUCAUCACUAAGCCGAUGGUCAGUGCAGUUGUGAUAUCGGAUUUUCAGAUAUGUCACUGUUCGUUUCGAAUUCUGCACUACGUCGUUGCGCUGAUAAUCCUGGUGAAGUCCGUGACAGCUGCUGUUUCAGAGAGCAAGAGAACUGGGAAAAUCGUUAACAAAUGGUUGGGUGAUUGUAAUACUCUGCAAGUUGAUCCUAAGAUUUAUCAUUUUUCGAAUUAUUUACUCCAUCACAAUUUACACUUUUCGGUCCUCGAAUUGUUUUCGUUAGACGGAUCGCUGUUGAUGUCGAUCACAGCCUCCAUAACCACGUAUUUGGUAAUUUUUCUACAGCUUCAAGAAUAA